UUCCGAGAAGAGGGGACGAGCAAAGCCCGCAGAGAGGUAUUCUCUUCUCCCCGAAAGAAAUACUGAAGGAGAGAAACUCAAAAGAAGACGGCUUCUUUGCUCUCUCGCCUCCGUUUCUUCUGUUACUGAUUCACAGACUCUCGGGCUUGUUUCCAAUAGUUGUCUCGUUUUCUUCGUGUUUGUGAAUGGAUCACCGGUUGACGAGCUUUCGUUUGAAUGUCUUAGGACAGAAACGGUGAGUGUUUCAACGAGUUCUAGGAGGUAAACUCCAAAACAAGGUUGUUCUUUGCUCUGGUCCUUGUGGAUUGUGUUGGACUGAAUUCAAAUGCCUCUUUUCAAAAGAAAGCCUUUUGCCCUGGUGGUACCACCCAAUGAUUUGGAGUGUAAUGAACAUGUUUUCCAAGUUCGUUUCACAAAGGAGAUAUUUCGUGAUUAUCAAGCUUAUCUGCAACGGAUUAAUCUAUAUCGUCAGAGAGUCUGGACAUGUAAAGUUACUGGGAAAACAAACUUAACUUAUGAAGAGGCUUUGGUCUCAGAGCAACGUGGAACAGAGAAGGCUCAACAGUUCCCAAAGGAACUAAUGAUACCUGUCUUACACAUGAUCCAAUUCAGCAUGCUCAAGUUACAAGAUCUUGUAAAAUCAAUCUGCACCAAGUUGCAAGAUCACUUUAUAGAGGGCUUGGAGCUAUAUGGAAGAAAAGAUAACUCUGUUCAACCAUGCCAAAUACUGAAGGUUCUGGAUGAGGAUCUCGAAAAAGUUCAUUAUGAAGUAGGAUGGCUUGACAAAGAUAAGAAUGUAACUGGUACUUCAAUAGCAAAUGCAGAUGAUCUGAUAAGGAAGAAGCUGCCUUUCACUAGAGACGUUCUUAAGUCAUUUAUUAGAGAAUCCACUUCAAGAAGUUUUCCAUGGGUGGUUCAUGAUAAACUGGCAAAGAAGCAUGGAGUUUCCACUGAACCUCCAGAAGAGCUGAGAGACAAACUCUCCAUUCAGGAUGGAUGUCCCAAAAGCAAUAAACGCAGGAAAACUGCCUCAGAUACAAAAAACCAAGGGACCAGCAAAAGGAAAAAACUGGAAACCGAAAACUCUGAAGGCUUAACCAAUGGAAAAAAGGCAAGCAAAGAAAUCGAAAAACCGAACAAGGAACCAAUUAGAUACCCAAUCGAUGAUCUUUUGGUUCAACCUGGAGCUGAUGAUCCAGUUUUCACUGAUCGCCCUUCUCCAUCAAGGGAUUUUGGUGUUCCAAUGGACUGUGUUGGGCAUCUUCUAAUGGUUUGGGACUUCUGCUCUUCAUUUGCCAGGUUGUUGAAUUUGUGGCCAUUCUCCCUUGAAGAUUUUGAAAAUGCAAUUUGUCACAAGGAUAACAAUCUUAUUCUCAUAGUGGAAUCACAUUUGGUACUUCUUCGUUUGCUAAUGAAAGACGAGGGUGGCUACUUCAUGGUUAUACAGAAAAAAAGGCGGAAACUGAAGAUUACUCUAACGAAUUGGAUGGACUAUUUGUGUGACUUCUUAGAGAUGGAAGAUAUACCAGAAUUAUCCACUCAUAUAGGAACAAUAAAACGGGGUCAUUAUGGCCUUUUAGAUCCUCAAGCUAAAUUGUUUAUCUUGCGGGAGCUAGUUGAUCGGGCCCUUGCAACAAAUGCUAUCAGGGAGCAGUUGGAUAAUUAUAUUGAACAACAUCAGGCACUUGCAGCCGCAAAGAGGGGAGAAGCAUUGGAGGAAGCUAGAAAGCGGAGAGAAGAGAAGGGACUCUUGAAAGCAGACCCUGACAGCAAAGAAGUACUACAUGGUAAUAUCCUGGAGAAUGGGGGGCAUGGCUUGAACAUAUCCGAGAAUGGUGAUAGCAAUGGAACAAUUGGAGACUUUCCAGAAAAAGAAGACAGGAAGGAGGGGAAUCAUGCAUCUGAAAACAGUGAAAGUCAUCGUGUGAACAUGGCAUCAAGGAAAGUUAACAAGAAAAAAAAGAAUUUGAAGGUCACUAUAGAGAAUGUGCAAGUUCCAUUUAGCAUGGAGAAACAAAAAAAAGAACUUCCAUGGAAGGAGAAAGAAACGGAAGCUCAGGAGAAGAAAAGUAAAGAGCUAAGGAAAGAACAUCUUGAGCGAGAAAUGGAGAAACGCUUUAUUCGCACCAACCCUUUGGGGAAAGACAGAAAUUAUAAUAGGUAUUGGUUUUUCCGGCGUGAUGGGAGAGUCUUUGUUGAGAGUUCUGACUCCAAGCUGUGGGGAUACUACAGUGCGAAGGAAGAGCUUGAUGCAUUGAUGGGUUCACUAAAUUGUAAAGGGGAGAGGGAGAGGGCUCUUAAAAAGCAGCUUGACAAGUGUUAUAACAGAAUAAGCCCGGCGUUGCAUAAGAGAUCAAGGGAUAUUGCUCAAAAGAUUGCAUUGGAAGAGGCUGUACUGCGACGGUCAACACGUGUUCCUCCAAGGGACAACCCAGCUUUGGCAUUUUUCCGGUAUGUCAACAAGUGGAAGGACUGACACCUGUUGGAUUAGGAAACUGAGUUGUUUCUUCUAGGUUAAGUGGAUGCAUGGUCUGAGAAGUUUUUACUUCAUUUCCUGAUUAUAUUCUUUGGCGGUGCUAUUUUUGGGGAGUUUUAUGUUCUAGUGCCGUCAUGACGGACAUGCAUUUGAUAGGGAAUCUAUAUAGAAGAACUUUCCUUACAACAGAUACAGCCAAGGACAGAUGGCCUUAACACUUAUCUUGAGGACCAGGUAGAAAGUACUUGGACAAAAUCUCUAAAUGUCUUUCUAGAAAUUUUUCGGUUACUCGCUGUCAAUUUUGAUGCGAUGAUACCCCCAUCACUUUUGUAAACGAAUCUUGAGCAGAACUGUUAAUUCAAUUAAUUCAAUGGAGGACUCAGGAAUUA